ACUGAGGUAACUGGUUUCGAAUUCAAACAAAGCAAAAAUUAUAUCUCAUUUUAGUGCAGUGUUUCCCUCUUUAGCAAAUAUAAAAUGUCCAUUCAACUUAUUAGAAAGGCUGUUCCUGAAGCUGAUGAGGCAAUCAUAGAAUAUAUUGACGGCUACCUUCGAGAAAACGAUUUUGAUGAGGAUGAGGAUGCUAUUUCUGAUUUCAUUAAACCUAUAUUAAUUGAUGCAGGUGGUGAUGAGGAAAAGAUUGAUGAAUUAUGUGAGCAUUUAUCAGAAAUGUUGCAAGCUAAACAAAAGAAUACUGCCCCUGCUAAAUUAUCAAAACUCGAGCAUUCAAUUACGAUGGGUAAUCAAAGUGGACUUUCUGCUACUGCCUCAAUUGGAAGAGGUUCUGUAGACUUGGAGCAUGCCUCAGGCCGUCGUGUUCAGUCUCAGGUCAAUCAAGAAAAGCUGCGCAAAGCAGAAGCAAAGAUUGCUGCCAAGUUAGCCAAGCGUCAAGAGAAGAGUAACUUAAAGAUUGAAUAUGAAGCUUCUCGUUUGUUGAAUGAACAAAAGGCUUUGCAAGAUGAGUACAAGUUAUACAACCCUAUUCUUGAUUACACAACAACAAAGGGCAAGAAUAAGGAUAUCAAGAUUGAGAACUUUGAUAUUUCCUUUGCUGGACGUCGUAUAUUGACUGAUGCUAAUUUGACGGUUGCUUUUGGUAGAAGAUAUGGUGUUGUUGGUAAAAAUGGUAUUGGUAAAUCUACCUUGUUAAGAGCAAUGGCUCGUCGUGAAAUUGCUGUUCCUCAGCAUAUUUCUAUUCUUUAUGUUGAACAAGAAGUUCAUGGUGAUGAUACUUUAGCAAUUGAUAUGGUCCUCCGUGCUGAUGUUUGGCGUGAGCAUUUACUUGAAAAGGAACGUGACUUGACAGCAAAAAUUAAUGAUAUUGAAAGCAAACAAAGUGCAAAUGAAGUAGAAUUAACAGAAAAUGAAAAACAAUCAUUAGAAGUUGAAAAGGAUAAAUUGAAUAUUGAACUUCGAGAAGUUUUCAAUAAGCUCACAGAAAUUGAAAGUGAUAAGGCUGAAAGUAAAGCAUCGGCUAUUUUAGCUGGUCUUGGUUUUGGACCUGAUCAACAAAGGAGACCUACUAAAGAGUUUUCUGGUGGUUGGAGAAUGAGAAUAUCUUUAGCUCGUGCUUUGUUUUGUAAACCAGAUGUUUUAAUGCUUGAUGAACCUGAUAACAUGUUGGAUAUCCCUGCUAUUGUUUGGUUAGAAAAUUAUCUCAAGACUUGGCCAAAUACAUUGCUUGUUGUUUCUCACGACAGAGAAUUUUUGGAUGAAGUUGCUACAGAUAUUUUAUAUAUGCACUCUGAAAAAUUAGAUUAUUAUAAGGGUAACUUUACUAACUUUCAUGCAACAAAAGAAGAGCGUCGUAAAGCCCAAUUUAGAGAAUAUGAAUCACAACUCCAAUAUCGUAAACAUCUUCAGGACUUUAUCGAUCGUUGGAGAUAUAAUGCUAAACGUGCACCACAGGCGCAAUCUAAAAUUAAAAUUCUUGAAAAAUUACCUGCUCUUGAACCACCUGAAGACGAAAAGAUUGUGACCUUCCAGUUCCCUAAUCCUGACCCACUCUCCCCCCCUAUUCUUCAAAUGUCAGAAGUUACCUUUGGUUAUACAGCAAGUAAGACGAUUAUUAGUAAUGUAAAUAUUGAUUUAAGAAUGGAUUCACGUAUUGCUGUUGUUGGUCCUAAUGGUGCUGGUAAAUCUACUAUGUUGAAAUUACUAACAGAAGAAAACAAACCUGUAUCAGGUACUGUUCAUCGCAACGGUCGUCUUCGUAUCGCUUACUUUACACAACAUCAUAUUGAUCAACUUGAUUUAACAAAGAGUGCAGUAGCAUUUAUGGCUGACCGCUUCCCUGGUAGAACAGAAGAAGAAUACCGUCGUCAUUUAGGUUCCUUUGGUAUCACAGGUAUGGUUGGUCUUCAGGUGAUGAAGACAUUAUCUGGUGGUCAAAAAUCUCGUGUUGCCUUUGCCAUUCUUAGCAUGCAAAAUCCUCAUAUUUUAGUACUUGAUGAACCUACUAAUCACUUGGAUAUGGAGUCUAUAGAUGCUUUACAAAAUGCACUUGCUCAAUUUAAGGGUGGUGUCAUUAUUGUUUCUCACGAUGAAAGAUUUAUUAAUACCGUUUGUAAUGAAAUCUGGAUUUGUGAAAGUGGUAAACUUAACAAGUUUUCUGGUACUAUUAAGGACUAUAAGGAAAUUAUCUGUCCUAAAGAUACUCCAUAAACUACAUAGAUUUUAUACACACACACACAUAUAUAUAUAUACAUAUAUAUUUGUUUUUGUUUGUAUAAUAAGAGAAACGAAUACACAUUCACUCAUCAUGAAUACAAAUAUAUUCAUGUUUAAAAUAAAUGAAGUUGUAUAAAGCAUAAUGAAUAC